AGAGGGAGAAUAUAUUAUAAUAUAAAAUAGAUUUUUUCAUAUCGGUUUUUGGUUUUAUGGUGACCGUAAAUGCUUAUCAUUUGUAUUUUUUUAUUUUUUUUUGACGGGCCCUAUCAUUUGUAAAUUACAAAUAAACAUCCAAUAAAGAAAAUUUGAGUAAUUUAAGGACACUAUCCUAGUUUCCUAGGGGAGAAUUCUGGCUAAUUUGAUUUAACGGAUAUAUAUUAUUCCCUUAAAAAAAAAAAAAAAAAAAAAAAAAGGAAACGGAAGGACGGAGCCCUAUUUGUCCUCUCUCUCACACUCUCAGUUUAUUGAAGCGCACUCCUCGUUCUCCAUUGAGGCGCCUUCUGAUAUUUCAAUCCUCCAUUGAAGCAGCUUCUCAGGUCUUUUAACAGUGAGGAAACUGCAACACCAUGAUACCAUCAGACCCAUCGGAAAGACUCUCCCUCCUACGUCGAAUCCAAGAGGGAGACCUAGUAAUAGUCUAUGAACGCCAUGACCACAUGAAGGCUGUCAAGGUAAUUGGAGGCUCAGUCCUGCAAAACCGGUUUGGAGUGUUUAAACACUCUGAUUGGAUUGGUAAGCCAUUUGGGUCCAAAGUCUUCAGCAACAAAAAGGGGUUUGUUUACUUGUUGGCACCAACUCCAGAAUUGUGGACAUUGGUUCUAAGCCACAGGACUCAGAUUUUGUACAUAGCGGAUAUUAGCUUCGUAGUUAUGUACUUGGAGAUAGUUCCGGGAUGUGUCGUCCUGGAGUCAGGUACAGGUAGUGGUUCUCUCACGACUUCACUUGCCAGGGCCGUGGCACCGAUGGGUCAUGUGUAUACAUUUGAUUUCCAUGAGCAAAGGGCUGCUUCAGCUAGGGAGGACUUUGAGAAGACAGGAGUGAACAAGCUAAUUACAGUAGGAGUUCGAGAUAUUCAGGGUGAGGGAUUUCCUGAUGAACAUUUAGGACAGGCUGAUGCUGUUUUCUUAGAUUUACCCCAACCUUGGCUUGUAAUCCCGUCAGCUGGAAGGAUGUUGAAACCAGAUGGGAUUUUGUGCUCAUUCUCGCCUUGCAUCGAGCAAGUACAACGAUCAUGUGAAACUCUCGGAUUGAAGUUCACAGAUAUAAGAACGUUUGAGAUACUCCUCCGAACAUACGAAGUUAAAGAAGUAAGGGCUGAACUUGGUAAAGGAGAUGAGGGUUUCUCUUUUAGAUCACCACCUCACAAGAAAAGACAACAUUCAACUGAAAAAGGCGAUGCAGUGGAAGCUUCUGGUGCCGCAACUGUCAUGGCUAAGCCAUGCAGUGAAGGAAGAGGCCACACAGGUUAUUUGACAUUUGCUAGACUGAAAUGCCUUUGAUAGGCAAAGCUUCUAUUUUGUUUGGAGGGCUCGCUUCUGACAGACAUGGGAAACACGAUGUGCAUUCAUGAGGAGUUUCCGUUUGCAGAAUCAAUCAAUGCACCUAUGUUGGGAAUGACUGCUGAGGGUGUGGGCAGGCUUAUACGAAAAGGACAAGAACAAGUGAUUGCUGAACGAAGAAACAUUAUUGAGAAAGAUAUUUUUAACGCUCUUUGGGCACAACUUUGGGUUUAUUGUUGCAAGUCGACAGACAAAUGAUCUCCUGCUAAAGUGUUAAUUUAAUACCCCGAUUUGUUUUCAUUUUUCAUUCUUCUAAGGGUUUUUUUUUAGUUUUCACAGGUAAGUUUUGUAGCUCAAAAUAGUCAAAAACUGUAAAAUUUUGUUGUACUGCAUCUUUUUUUUUUCAUGAAAAUGCUUCACCAAAUUUUGAGUACCUAGUAAGUCUUUACUUUUCAAUGUGCUUGUCUUUUAGAGAGUCCGCUUUGUAAUUUUAUUUUAAUUUUUUUCAUACAUUUAGUAGGUAGUAAUGUUUAAUUUUUUUGUCACUUGUACCAUAUUAUUUACUACGGAUAAUUUUCAUAUCAUUCAUAUUAUUAGUACAUGUUAUUAAUAAUUAUUAUAUAAAUGAGAGUGAAGGAUAGCUCAAGUAGUUAGAGCUCCCCUUCCGAUUCCAAAUAA